AUGCCGCCAAUCAAAGUUAACGUAAAAUGGAGUGGAAAAAAGUACGAGCUGGAAAUUGACACCGACAACACUGCGGAAUCUUUCAAGAGUGAACUCUAUAGGAUUACCGGUGUUGAACCUCAAAGACAAAAAAUAAUGUGCAAGGGAACGAUCUUGAAGGAUGAUACAGAUUUGAAAAGUCUAAACAUUAAAGAGGGGCAAAACUUAACGAUGAUGGGAACAGCUGGGGAGUUGCCCAAAGAACCGGAAAAAAAAACCAUAUUUAUGGAAGAUAUGACGGAUAGGCAGUUGGCAGAAACCUUGAAGUUACCUUCUGGUUUGAUAAAUCUUGGAAACACAUGCUAUAUGAAUUCCACAUUACAAUGCCUUCGCUCCGUUCCGGAACUGCAAGAAUCGCUUAAUAGUUACACCAGUCGACAAAGGGGUGCGGGUGUUUCGAGUAAUUUGAUAGCUUCGCUGUCCGAUCUCUUCCGAAGAUUGAAUCAGACCACCGAAGGAUAUCAACCUAUGCAUUUUGUACAGAAUCUCAGAACUGCUUAUCCACAAUUCGCACAACGCAACGCCCACGGUUUCAUGCAACAAGAUGCCGAGGAAUGCUGGACUCAGAUAGUGUCAGCCAUGAAUAACGCCAAUCUGCCAAUACCGCCGCAACACGACAGUUCAACUUCUGCUGAAUCUUCAUCGGCGUCGAGUGAUAGUUCGUUCGUCAAGCAAUACAUGACAGGAGAAUUGACUUCAGUCUUAAAGUGCCUUGAAGCACCAGAGGAAGAACCUAUUAUCACUCCCGAUACUUUUACAAAAUUGACCACAAGCCAUAUGACGAAUGGAAUUUUCGAGGCGUUGCAUGAAGACCAAAUCGAAAAAAAUUCGCCCACCUUGAAUAGAUCGGCAAGAUAUUCUGUGACCUCACGUAUUAGCCGUCUGCCUGCAUACCUUACCGUUCACUUUGUAAGAUUCUACUGGAAACAACAACAGCGCAUCAAGGCCAAGAUUAUACGUGAAAUCAAAUUUCCUUUUGAGUUUGAUGUCUCGGAAUUUUGCACAGAUGAAUUAAAGAAAAAGAUCACACCGGUGAAAAAUCGUUUGAUUGAACUUGGGAAGGAUCGAAGUAGCGCAAAGCGCAAGGCGAAACUCGCCGGUAACUCUAAGGAAAAAGUUGAAGAAGAGGUGCCUAAAAUUGACGAUUCGGUCAUCGAGGAAAUAAAAAAGUUGGUUGACCCGGAGCUGGCUAAGGAUGUUGGUGCCAACGUGACAGGACUGUAUGAUCUGUGCGCUGUUCUGACACACAUCGGACGGUCCGCGGACUCCGGUCACUAUAUUGGUUGGGUUCGCAAAGAGGAUUCGGAUGAUUGGAUUAAAUAUGACGACGAUAAGGUUACAAUCGUGUCUCAGGAUGAAAUUCAAAAACUCGCCGGCGGUGGAGCCUUGAUCUCAUCAGAUAAUAGUUUUGCAACCUCUAAUUCUGGUGGAAUCGAUAGCUCCGA